AAGGCUCUGCAGAGCAGCUGGCACCAUGCAAUGGCUUCGGAGCUGGUCUGGCUAGCUCUGUAAGCCCCCAGCCUCCCUUCCUCUGUAUGCUGUGGAUCCUCUCUGGGCAAGAUUUUCUGUACAACAAUUAAAGAAGAUUUUUUUUAUUUUUUAUUAUUUGAACAAACAAGUUUUUGCCUCUUAAUUGUUGGAGAUAAAUCUAGCCUUUUGAUUGUAUAAACUAGAAAGAUUUACAUAAGCUCACACAAAAGGUUGUUCGUUUUUUGUUUUUUAUCUGAAGUUAAAAGUUGAGCAAGUACUAUCCAGGCUUUCUCUUUAUGAGAGAGCUUCUCUGUAGAGAAGGAGAAACUGCCUUUAGAGGAAACACAGCAUAGCCUUAAGUUGUCAACAAUGCCAGUUGGAAGAAUUGAGAGCCCACCUUCUGCCUCUUUCCCCAGAGAUUGCAGCCAUGAGUGCCGAGUCUGUCGGGUGUCAGUGGUGGGCCUCUCAACAUAUGCCAAGCACAUCUCCAGUCAACUACACAAGGAUAAUGUUGAUGCCCAGGAAAAAGAGGAAGAAAAAGAGGAGGCUGAGGAAGAAUAUUUUGACAAGGAACUUAUCCAGUUAAUAAACCAAAGGAAGGAGCAGAGCCGGCAAGAGGAAGCCAGCAGCUCAUCCAAAGAGAUAGAAACUGAUGGAUACCAGCAACGAAGAGGCGAUAAUCACCUUAUAUUUCAAGAUAGGGGCCCUCAAGAGUGGCGUCAUUGUGAUCAAUCUGAGAGGGACUGGCAGUGGCGAAAUGAUUAUUUCAAGAAUUCUAGGAAGGGUAAUUUCUUGCAUUCCUCGCAAAAUGUUAAUCCCAACAGAUCUAUUUCUAGUGCCAGGGGAAGAGCUGGAUGGCAUGUAAAUGGCACAGCUAAUCGUCAUCUAAUCCAUGGAAAACCUGGAGGUUCUUGGCACUCAAAUGCAGGAGGUCCAACUAGCUGGCAUCAUAGAGGAACAGGUAGAAAUUUUCACUGGCACAAAGAGGGAAAUGGUAUUUUACCUCUUCCAUAUCCCAGAAAUGGGGUUAUGAACUGGUCACAUAAUCCAUAUGGUGUGAGUCAAUGGGGUUUUGGUCCUAAUGGGGAAGCUUUUAACCAGGGAAGAAAUAGACCAUUAAGGAACUAUGAUUCAACACAUGAAAAUGAUGCAGGGUGGAAUAAGAAAAAAGUGGUACCCAAAAAGUUUUCUACUGUUCGAUUUACUUGGAAGAAAGCAGAAAAUACAAACAGUGGGGCACCAUGCUUAAAUUCAGUUACUGACUCUUCUGAAAACACAGAUGAUUUUACAAGUGAUAAACUUCCAGAAGACCACCUAUUUGGAUUUAAAAUGUCUGAAAAAUCUGAUAAGUCUGCAAAAAACAGUACAUCAAUUAGCACUGGCAAGAACAAUAUUUCUUCUAGAGACAAAACACACAGGUUUGCACCCUAUCCACCACAGAAGGGCAUAGAGACUGAACAAACAUCAUUGCAAAAUUUAGAAACUGAUAUACCUCUACAGACUUGUGAGGCAAGAAAGGAGGAUAUUACAAACGAUCAAGAAGAAAGUAUGGACAAAUGCAAAACAAUAGAUAAGGAUAAAGGUAAAAUAUCUCCUGACUUUUCAGAUGAACAAAAUGAUCAAAGUGAGCUUAAGCGUUCUAGAAUGCCAUCCCUAAAAUCACCACUCCGAAGUAUUCCUGAUAUAAAAUCUUCAGCUCUUAAGAGAGAUCAAAAAAAUCCUUUAAAGGGUGUAAAACAGGGAGCACCUAUGUCUGUUGGAGAGCGUCAGACUAGAUUAAGUGCCCUAAAUUUGGAAACUGUUAGGUCAAAUUCUUAUAUUUCCAAGUUGCGUAGUGCUUCUCGUACCUUAAAGAACAACCAAGAGACUCAAGAAAGCAGCACAAAAGAAUCGGAUGAAACUCUUAGUGAAGUCCUCCGCAAAGCAAAAGAAAUGCUGCACAAUAGCCAGUCCUUGCAGAGUCCUUACUUUCAUCCUUUGAAGGAGGGUUCCACCAGUGAAAAGACUGUAGCAACUGAUGUACUAAAAGAAUCCAAAACAACCAAUAGUCAUGAACAUGCAUUGCAAAAUGAAAGUGAUUUAUCAGAAAAUGCAGGCAUGCUGGAAAACCCAUGCGAGUCUCAUAACACCUCUGAUAACUGUGAACAUGCUGCAGAGUACAUUGAAAGAACAUCAAAAUCCUUAGAACAUGGAAUCAUAAGUUCCUCUACUGAUACAUGUCCCAUGGAAUCUAGCAGUGAACCAGUUCAAUUACAGGAACCCAGUGAACUAAAUGAAUAUGACAAUGGAAGCACAUCUCAAUAUCAAACUUCUCAAGAAGAUGAAAGUUUUGAAAUUGUCUCAGACCCUGACCUGCAUAAAAGUGCUAACCUUUCAUCAAGCCCAAUUUUACCAGAAUUAUCCAAGCUUGGACUUCCUGCAUCCCUCCAGAGAGAUCUUACUAGGCACAUUAGUUUACGAAGCAAAGCAGGAACCCAUCUUCCAGAGCCAAAUCUCAAUAAUGCACGGCGUAUACGAAAUGUUAGUGGUCAUCGAAAAAGUGAAACUGAGAAGGAUUCUGGAAUAAAACCAACACUAAGACAACUUUUGAAUGUAUCAAGAAGGAAUAUAAAUUGGGAACAAGUCAUGCAAAAUGUUAACAAGAAACGGCAGGAGCAAGGCAAGGGUUUACCAAGGUUUGGUAUAGAGAUGGUUGCACAAGUUCAAGGUGAGCAAGAAGGCCUUGAGUUUGAAGAAACAGACCUGAAUAUUGAGAAUUUCCACUGGGAAUGCGUCUCCACUCCUUUGGGAGCAUCAAGGAAACGGAGCCUCUCUGAAAGCAGUUUAGCUGUAGAAAAGGCCUCUGUUUAUAUUUUCAGUGGAAAUGGAUCUGACACAAGUGGAGAAAGAAGCAUUCAAUCAAUCCAUUCAUCAUGGAAAUCUGGACCAUGUGUGAGAUCCACAGAAAAUCUAUCGAGGAAAAUCGAGGAGGGAGAUGCUCCUGUAUUAUCUCCGGGACCCAUCACAUAUAAUUGUCCUAGUCCACCACCAAUUGAAACACCUCCUGGUCAAAAUAGUGAUCUGCAGAGCUCCAUAGCCACUGACUGUCCUCAGACCCCUAACAGUGCUGGCGAAGAUGGAGUUCUGAGUGUUAAUGUUUCUACAGCCAACGUUAUCCUGGAUGGUGGUACUGAUAGUUGUACUUCAGGUACUGAACAAUAUGAUGGUCAAGGAGGAGGAAAGAAGAGACGGGCAACAGGAGAUGGGUCCUGUCCUGAAAUUCCAAGCUUAGAAAGAAAUACUAAAAGAAGAAGAAUCAGAGGAAGAAAAGGGAGUUUUGAUUCAGCCAACAAUGUAACAGAAGAACAAAGCAAUAGACCGCAGACAAUACCAGUAGUUCCUUCUGGGAAUGUAUUUUCUUUUAUGGUGGAGACACCAUCUUAUAUUUCACCCUCAACAUCUUUAGGUUCUGCACUUUCACAAUCCCCUGUCAGAGUCUGCACAUCGCAGGCAUUGCAGCCUCCUUCUGUAGCAUCUACAGCUCCUGAUUCCUCAGUGUCAAUUAAACAAGAACCAAUGUCACCUGAAAGGGAAGGAGAGAACAUGACUGCAAUACCACAGUCACCAGUACAACCUGUGAUGUCUCCUCAGACUAACGGUGGAAUUGAACAGAGCACUACAAUGUUUCCUAUAAUUACAGCAACCAUGUCUCUUGCUGAGCUUACUGAUCAGUUUCCCAUAAUCCACUCAGAACCAUCUCUUGAUAGGCAUGUAAUGCCUGAAAUGUCAUCUCCACCUCGGAUACAUACUCCUAUUAAUAUAGAAAGCAACAUUCUAAACAGCUCAGAAAUUAAAGAGAGCUUGUUAGAAAGUUGUUCUAGUUCUACACAAGACCAGGCUUUUCCUUUGAAUGUUGCUCCAGAAGGAAGGAAUAACUGCUUAGCUCAGCUUGAAGAGGAACAGGCAGAAUCUACGCUCAUCAUGAUUGAGACAAAGUCUGGGAAGAAGAAAAAGAAAUUACGGAAGAAGAAAACCUUUAGAGCCACCCAUGUUCCAGAGAACAGUGAUACGGAACUGGACAUAUAUGCUGAUAAACCUGUCCGCAAAAUAAAGAGCAGGCGGUCAUCUAAAGAAACAAUAGUCAGCACUUCUACGUCACAAGAACAAGAACCUGGUGCUGCUACCCAAGAAAUUGAAAGGCACGAAGAUGACCUAGACAGCGACUCCAAUGUGGAGUUACUGGAAAUUCCAAAUCCUCAAUUUGAAGUUGUGGCUAUAGAUUCUGAAGAGGAAAAACCAGACAGCCCAAUCAAGGAAGACCUUAGUACUUCAAGAGAAGGAAACUCUGAGGCAAAUGAUGAAGUGACUUCCACCAGUGAACUGGGCACAAACUAUGCAAAUGAAAAUUUAAAAAGUUUAGCUAAUAAUCGGAGAGCAUCUCUCAGAGGUUCAAAAACCUCAUCAGCUGAAGUAUCAUCUGAACCUGGGGAAGAUGAGGACCCCACAGAAGGCAGCUUUGAAGGACACCAGUCUGCUGUAAAUAGUAUACAGAUAUUUGGAGGACUACUAUACACCUGCUCAGCAGACAAAACUGUCAGAGUUUACAAUCUUGUGACUCGUCAGUGUGUUGGCGUCUUCGAAGGGCACACAUCAAAAGUGAAUUGCCUUCUUGUGACUCAGACUCAUGGGAAGGUUGCAACUCUCUUUACGGGUUCUAGUGACCACACAAUACGAUGUUAUUCUGUCAAGCCACAGGAAUUUCUUGAGCAGUUAGAACUUGGCGAGCGCAUCCUUUGUCUUCAUGCACGGUGGAGAAUCCUUUAUGCAGGUCUUGCAAAUGGUACAGUGGUUACUUUUUCUCUAAAGAACAACAAACAAAUUGAUGUAUUUGAGUGCCAUGGACCGAGAGCGGUUAGCUGCUUAGCUACUGCGCAAGAGGGCGCUCGCAGACUGCUGCUUGUAGGAUCCUAUGACUGUACUAUCACUGUGAGAGAUGCUCGCAAUGGUCUCUUACUUCGUACACUAGAAGGUCAUACUAAAACUGUCCUCUGUAUGAAGGUAGUCAAUGAUCUGGUCUUUAGUGGAUCCAGUGAUCAAUCUGUUCAUGCUCAUAAUAUACAUACAGGAGAGCUGGUGCGCAUUUAUAAAGGUCACAAUCAUGCUGUUACAGUGGUUAAUAUACUUGGUAAAGUCAUGGUAACAGCUUGCUUGGAUAAAUUUGUUCGUGUUUAUGAACUGCAGUCUCAUGAUCGAUUGCAAGUUUAUGGAGGACAUUCAGAUAUGAUUAUGUGUAUGGCAAUUCACAAGAGCAUGAUCUAUACUGGUUGUUAUGAUGGUAGUAUCCAGGCAGUUCAGCUAAAUCUUAUGCAGAAUUAUCGGUGCUGGUGGCAUGGUUGCUCGCUCAUAUUUGGAGUUGUAGACCAUCUGAAGCAACAUUUACUCACUGAUCACACAAAUCCAAACUUCCAGUCGUUGAAGUGUAGAUGGAAAAACUGUGAUGCAUUUUUCACAUCUCGAAGAGGGUCCAAACAGGAUGCUGUAGGGCACAUAGAACGACAUGCAGAAGAAGACAGCCGAAUAAACAGUUAAUCAAGAAUGGUACCUCCCAUAUUGGGAAGUUUAUUUUCUAAGCAACAUCAGAGGAGUUUCUGCACGUCUGGAAGUCUUCAAAAUUCUGCACGUUGCAUUUUCCUCAAAUGGAACAUAAGAAGCUCUUAGGAGUCUUAACUCAGCUUAUGUGUAUCAUCCUACAAAGCAAGAGCCUGACAUGUUCAAGUGGCUUUUUAUUAUUUUUAAAUAUAAAAUAUUUAAUGUCCUCUUUAUCUAUUGCAUUGAAUCUGUCAGAUUUGCCCAAACAUGACAAACAGCAAGCUAAGAACAUAUUUCUUUUAAGGGGUAGAGCAUGGAGAAAUCCUUGAUUAAAGUUUUGAUUUCUCAUGAAAAACUCUUAAUCAUAGAGUUUAUUAAACGUACUAAUUUUAUUUUUUAUCCUUUUUUGAAAUACAUUAAAAAAUGGUUCAGUAAAAUUAAUAUUUUUAGAGCAUUAUAUGUAACAAUAAGUAUAUUAAUAAACCAAAUAAUUGUUUUAGUCGACUUUUGCAUUCAUUACAGUCAUCGACUGCUAUUUUGUUUUUGUUUAUUUUACAUUAAAGCAAUUGAGUAAUCUAUAACAGGCCAAUGUCAUAUACCCAUUUUUCUUUUGAAAUUGUAAGCUUGCUUAAUUUUAGGAGGAAAAAAUAUCUUGCCUCAAAGUAGCAAUAUUCUUUUUUUUUUUUUUUUUUGCAAUAUUUCACAAAGGGGUAAAUUCUGAAUUGUGAGUUUUAAUUUGUUUUGAAAAAUCCUAUAGUUAAUUAAAUAUUUAAAUGAUGUCCACUUGCUGUCUGUCUGCUCUCAUCUUUAUGUCUUGGAAGCUAACAGCAAAUUUAAAAUAUCUGAGAUCAAAAUAUCCAAAACCUAUGAACACAACAAAUUGGUUAUAACCAGAUAAUGGUGGAUUUACUUUUUUUUUAAAAUUAAACAUAAUAAACAAUGUUAUCAGAUUUAUUAUGGAAUAAGGAGGUCAAACAACUUUUCAUGUUUUCUGUGGAGAGUUGACUACUCUCUUUAAAUAGCGCAUAGACAUUUUACAUGUUGAGUAUUGAUAAGCUCUGUUUUGUCAUUGACAACUGUCUCAAAUAUAUACUCAUGUACACUUUAACCACUCAUGACUUUCAGAAGCUAUUCACAGCUUUGACAAUGUUGUUUAGAAUAUUGUUAGAUCAUUGAAGUGUUAAGUCCAAUAUUGAGUUGAGUCAUUUGCCUUUUUAUACUUAUCCCUGAUAUAGGGAGAUAGCAGUAUAUCACACAAAAUGUAUGUGUCUCCAACAGCAAGAGGCUCUUUAUAUAUAUUUUUUAUAUAUAUUUUUGAUCAUGUUCAUAUAGCAUCAGAAGCUGUGGGUAUCGCAUGUUCAAAAUGGAAUGGAAAACAUUAAAAUUGUUGGCAAAAAAUUUACUAGCAGUGUUACAAGAAAUGUAACUUAGUUUUUACCUUUUAAUAUCUUUUUAUCAGUUUUGUGUAGGAGCAUGGAAAUCCGGUAUCACUUCCUUAUUUGUGUGUUGUUUUGUAAUACUUUAGAUAAGAAUUAGUCCUGUUGCAUUUCUGGAGUUAAUACAUUUUGAUAUUUUAUAAAAUAACGAUUUAUUUUUUAUUAAGUAUGAUGUGUUGUUUUGUGGAAGAUUUGUUAUUUCAACCAUUGGCUUAGCUAAAUUUUAAUUAUCUAAGAAGUGUCCACUACCAUCUUGUAGUGAAAACGUUGACAAUGAUUGCCUCUGAAGUAUCUAUUAAUAGAAUUAUUUGAUAAAUUGCUAGAAUAAUCAUACCUAUGGUCUCUCAUGAUUUUUCAUUGAUUCAACAAAAAUAUAUAUAUAUUCCACUUAGUUUUACAAACUUAAAAGCAUUUCAGUUUGCAUUGGUCCUUUAAACAAUGUCCAAAUUAGCCUUAAUAUAAAUUAUUGAAAUAAAGCUUUAUUCCUGAAUUAGCCAAAGAACUAAAACUAUAAAUCUCCCGGUACAUUUUAAUUUGUUAUAUAAUUCACAUUAUUUAAAUAAUUAUUUAAAUGAUAUUCUGGUUCCAACAUUUUUUUUAUUUUUACUUGUUAAUAAAAAAUAUAUAAAUCAUCAUUAUUUUUCAUCUGUGAUUUAUUAAAUUAAUUUUAAUAAGUCCUCUUUUUCAUAAAAUGGUGACUUUUACGCUAAUUCAGAAUGUUAGUAUGGCUUCUGAAUUUGCACCUUAGGCAAAUUUUUAUACUUAUCCCUGAUAUCGGGAGCUAACAGUAUAUCACACAAAAUGUAUGUGUCUCUAACAACAAGAGGUUGACAAGAUAUAGGCCAUAUUCUGUUUUUCUCUCUCUACAUAUUGUGAUCAAUUCAUCUUUAUUAAAGAAUAAUCAAAUACAAUGUCUAAAAUAAAAAUAUUACAGAUUUAUGUCAACCUACAGAAUAAGCAGCUGAUUGGUGCAUACAAAGCAUGUGUUACAUUCAGUUUUUUUUCAUACCCAGGAGAGCAUUGGAGUAUUUUAAUUCAGAAACGCUUAAAUACUUUCCUAACACUUUUAAUCAUUCUAUAUUGAAAAUUAGUAAAUGCUAGAGCCAAGUGACUUCCUUUAAUAUGACCUGGAACGUUCUUUAAAUUACAUAAGCGUUCUAUCAUUUUAGCUGCUACUUAGCACAAUUUUAGAAAAUUUAAUUCCAAAUAAAUUUUGAUAUAUAUAUAUAUAUAUAUAUUUUAUUAUUUUUUUUUUCUACAACUUGAUCCUAUCUGGAAUUUCAGUCUUUUUCAUUAUCUUUGCCAAGAUUAUUUAAACGCCUUUUCUUUUAACUUUUUAUUUUCCAGCUACCGGAGUGAGAAGUAUAAAAUAGAAUUAUGUAUAUUACAUAAUUAUGAAAUUUACAUAAAAAAUGCAUUUGUUAAUUAACUUUUAACAAAUUAGCAAAUACAAACCACUUGAACAAAAUUGUGUGUGAAUAGAUUAUCUACUAGUAAGAACAUGAACUUAGUAAUAUAUUUAUUUUAGAAAAGUACAUUUUUUCAACACUUAUUCUUUUUAGCUUAUAGAUGACCACAAAUACAAAGUAAUAAAACACAGCGCUAGAUUUUUGUAAGAAUUGUGCAGCUUUGCAUUUCUUAACUUUGUUGAUAGAAAAUAAGCCAUUUUAAUAAUUAUAGGUUAUAAUACUCUGAAAGGUCUGUGCGUAGGAGGAGCAAUUUAAAAUGAGCCAGAAGAGAAGUACUGAAAUAGUGAACUGUAGUGGUCCCUGAUGACAUUUUCAGCAUUGUACUAAGCCUUUGGUAAUAUGUUUUCAGAAAAGCGUGUUUUGUAUGUAACUCAAAAUCGUUUGUUUUGAACAAAAAGUGACAUUUGUAAGUUAGUAUGAGUUUGAAGUGAUUACUUAUUGUUUUGAAUGACAGAUGUGUGGCAAACAAUUUCUAGUUUCUCACUGGAGAAUGCCAUUUGUUUUUAAUGCAUGGAAUUGAAUUUCUGGUUGAUACCAAUGCAGCCUUUUGGAUGAGUUUUUUUUUUUUUUAUAUCUUUACUUGGUUUAUAAUUUAAUGCAUUCUCCAUGAUUUCUGGAAGGUGCUGUACUGUGUAAGCAAGUGUACUAUUAAAUAAGAAACAAUAUAACCUAGACAUUUUCUGAUACUAGUAAAAUCCACCAAAAAAAGUCUCUUAUGUUGGUCACAGUUGUGUGUGGAGUUAAAACUGCUAUGAUUUUUGUUUUACAUUAUGAAAGUGAUUCAAAGUACUGACUGUACUGAAAAGCUUGUUUGUUGCACAUUCACCAAGCCAAUAUGUAUUAUUUUUUUUUAAACUAAAAUGUGUUUAUGACUAGAACUAGGCAUGUUCAUUUAAUGGUUUAGUUAGGAAAGGAAUGCUGAAUAACGCGGCUGCCAGAGGCAAAUCCACAUCUUAGUAUGUUGCACUUUCACAAGAAAAAGUCUGGCUCCUCAACAGCCAAAUGCCAUUGGCAGAUGCUAUAUUCGACAUUUGUUUACUAACAAAACCCCAGAUUUUUUUUUAAUAUAAAUUAUAUGAAUUAUUUUGUUAUUCUUCCAUUUGAGAAAGCACCAGUCCCUUACAAACCAUUUUAAAAUAUGGGUGGAUAUUAUAUUUAUAGCAGUCUAUUUUAAUGGCCCUUUUUUUAAAGUGUUUCUGAAUGGGAACGGAACUGACAUUUUUAGAAACUUGGGCAAGCAUUGUAAAACAUACCAGAUUAUCUAAUUAAACAUUAUGGGAAAACUAUUUCAUUAACUUGUUUAAAAUGCUUCCAUCUCCCAUAGGUGUGCACUUGACCUUUUUUAUUGUUUAAACUAAAACUAAUUUUUUUUUAAUACCUGAACAAAAUUAUUCAAUAUUUUUGCCAUUUAUAAAAUAGGAACACGUUUCUGGGUUUUUCUUUUUAUGUGUUUAAUAUUAUUAUUUUUUUGCUACAGCUAAGUUUAAUUUCAAGGUUCCAAGCCAGAGAGAUUCAGAGGGUUAAUAGUGAGAGGAACACUACAAUUUUACUUGAACUAUUCUAUAUUUCCAUCACUCAUAGAGCCACAAAACUGACAUCAUCUUCAGAUCUUGGUUUUAUGCUGGUAUAGCCGCAUUUGUUUAUAAAGUGUCAAUUGUAUAUAUACUAGUGCCAUAACAAAAAGAUGUUCAGGUGGGGAUAACUUCUUAAAGCCUUUGCACCUUUGGUCUAGAUUCAAGAUAAAUUUAGAUUUAUCACAAAAUAUUUUAACAUUUAUAUGGACUAUGUUGGUCUUAAAGGGACAGUAUACUCCGAAUUUCCACAGUCAAAAUUACAUGUGCAACAUGUAUUUAACCAAUGUUUAAUUCAUCAAAUGUUUAAAUAACAGUUUUUAUCUUAUCUAUUUUCAACUUAAACUUGUACCACUUGUGUAUUCACUGUCCGCCUCCAUGACCGCCGCUUUUUUUCAAUAUAUUGGAAGAAUCCCAAUUCAUCCAAUAAUGUUGAUAUCGGUCGCGCUAUGUACCUGCUAUGCGAACGCGCGCACGAUGACAUCAUCUGCUUCUGGGUUCCGCUAUUCCUAGUUCUGCGCAUGCCCAAAAUCAUAAGUUCACGUCAAGCGCUCGAUGCUUCCAAGAUUGCAUAUACUAGAUUGAGGAGCGUGAGUGACCAAUAGUGGGAGGUUAAAUGUGAGUCACAUCAUUUGCAUGUGGGAAGUACAGAGUUGGUCUAUACCUCCCACAUUGGAGAUGCCGUGGAGGGGUUGGAGAAUGGACAUAGAGUAACGGUUAGGCUGCAAAACUUAUGAUUUAAUAAAACAUGUCAAUUUUAUUUUUUGUCAAAAUUAACAAUGCGGUUAGAUUAUAAGGAUAUAGAAGACGUUAGCGUUAGCUUUUACAUCCUCUGAGUUUACUGACCCUUUAACUAGUUUGUGAUUAAUUUUCUUUUUAAUGUUCUCAUAAAAAAUAUCCUUUACCUGCAUCACAGCCUGUUUUGUGAUCCAUAUUUCAUGAAAACCAUAUCUUUGAUUAGUCAAUCUAAUAUAAAUAUGUUCUGAUUUUGCCCAGUUUUGAACAUGCGGUACAAAAUCAGCUUCUGUUAGUGCUUUUUGUUUCUUGAAUGUUUGAAGUUCUGUAUCUGUGUUUUCUUAAAUCUUAUGCCAUGACAUUUCUUUUUUAGCAUUUGUGCUAUUAUGUCUGUCUUAUUAUGCAUUCUUCAUAAUUCCUAUUAAUUGUGAAUACCAAGGGUGUUUUAAAAUGGUCCUUUUUGAUCAAAAAACGGCAAUGAUCUUUUAACAAAGGUGAUCUAAUCAAAGUAGCGGCUAAAUAAAUUUCACUUUUUAAGCAGCAUGAUCUUGUAAUUCUAGUCAGUUGACUGCCCUGAUUGACUUUAUGUGGACGCCCCUGGUGUACAUAACCUGUUCAGAAAUUAUGGAUCUUAAAAGGACAGGGACAUAAAACCCUUUAUCUUUUUUUCUUUCUUUAUUCAGGUACAGCAUACAUUUUUAAACAACUUUCUAGUUUGCUUUGUUCACUUUGUAUCCUUUGAUGAAAAGCAAGCCUAGGUAGGCUCAGGAGCUACUAGCUGUUGAUUGGUGGCUGCACACAAAUGUGCCUCUUGUCAUUGGCUUACAGAUGUGUUCUUCAUUUCCCAGUAGUGCGUUGCUACUCCAGUAAAGGAUACCAAGAGAGUGAAACAAAAUUGAUUAUUUAAAUAUUUAUAAAGUAGUUUAAAAUUAUAUGUUCUGUCUGAAUCAUAAAGAAAACAAGAGAUUUCAUGUCCCGUUAAACAAUGUUUUCAUGGUUUAUCAGUAUUGACAUAGCACAUAUUAAAAUUAAACUACAAAUGAUUAUUUGUAUAGCAAAUGCAAUAAUCGCAGAUUUAUUUCAACAUUUUAUACUGCUCUGUACCAUUUUUAAGCCUAUUAAGUUAAUUUCUAGACUAUUUCUCUGUAAUAAUUCAUCAUCAGUUUCUUUAUAUUUUAUAUUCAUGCUCCUCUUCCUCUCCUUUUAGCACCUAUAUGUCUCAUGCAAACUAUGCCUUCCCAUUGGUUUAAUCUGUGUUCUAAUUUUCUUUAUCCUGCUUCUGUUAACUUUUUCAUUGUUCUAGACCUUAAUCUAUUUCUCUCCAUAGUUGGGGAACAAACCAUGAAUACCAUUUUAGUUUGCCAGUGCCAGGCUUGUUUAAAGGGAAACUGAACCUAGUUUAUUUCAUGAUUCAGAUAGAGCAUAUGAUUUUAUGCAACUUUCUAAUUUACUCCUAUUAUCAAUUUUUCUUUGUUCUCUUGCUAUCUCUCGUUUUUAAAAAGCCAUCCAAUUUUUGGUUCACCCUGGACAGCACUUGUUUAUUGGUGGGUGAAUGUAUCCACCAAUCAGCAAGAACAACCCAGGUUGUUCACCAAAAAUGGGCCAGCUUCUAAACUUACAUUCUUGCUUUUCAAAUAAAGAUACCAAGAGAAUUAAGAAAAUUUAAUAGGAGUAAAUUAGAAAGUUGCUUAAAAUGGCAUGCUUUAUCUGAAUCACGAAAGAAAAAAAUUGGGUUCAGUGUUCCUUUAAGUAAAAUGCCCAGGUUUACCUGUACACACCAGUUCAUUUGUGGAUUAUUAACUGGAUUGGCUGCAACUAGAAGGGAUCUAGACAUGAAUCAUUAAGGUUGAUCUAAAUUUUAUACAGACAUUUACUGUGGUUUGAAACUAACCUAACAGAUUAUAUUUACUGUUACUGAGUUUUUCCCCCCAGUGAUAGUCAGGAAACCACUUAUUGUGCCCUAACACUAAUCCUAAAGUGUUGUUUUGUAGCACACUGGUGAUUUGUGCAUACAUAUUCUCAUAAUAUUGUUGAGUUUUACAAACUAUUAUUUGAAAUAUAAUGCAAAUCUGUGAACACUGAACUCUAUAAAUCCAAAAAAGUAAAAUAAAUAAAGGCAAUUUUACCAGUU